GAAACUAAAACUGUCUUGUCAUGUCUUAAAGAGUAGCCUAAGUCAUUGAGUCAUUAUUUUGAUUCAUUCAAACGACUGAUUAAUUCAGGAAAUGCCGGUCCCUGCAAACCGAUGUUCAUACUAUCCAUCCUAAAUAGUAUGUGAGAUUAAAAUAAGUGUGUCCCAAAGCAUAGUAUGUUAAAAAGAGUAUGCCUAAAGUCCCCGGAUGGUCUACUAUUUCAGGUCGAUUUUUGAAGUGUGGAUCCAUGCAUACUCUAAUGGCUAAUAUUGCCCACAAUCCAUUGCACUUUGAUGAAGGCUUUGGUCCAGAACUACAAACACGAAUAAAAUGUGUAAAAAAUUACUACAAACAUGGCAGAUGUGCACAACUGAUGGUUAGGUAGAGAGGUUUAGAAAAAGUAUUGGUAACACUUUAUUUUGAUGGUCCCUUUUGAACAUUCUGUUGUCACUAAGUAAUGUUACAACUACAUGUCAACAAACUCUCAUAAGAGUAUUAGUAGACUGUCUGCUUCAUAUCUACUAACUGCUUAUUGUGUUGGUCUCCCAACAGAUAUUCUACUGACUAUAAGUAACUUUACAAGAACGUGUCAACUUAAUCUAACCCUAACCCGACCAGUCAACUAAUACACUACUAACACUCUAAUGAGAGUUAGUAGAAAUGUAGGUGCAUCAUUACUUAUAGUCAAUAGAAUGUGUUAAAGGGACCAUCAAAAUAAAGUGAAACCAAAGUAUUUACUAAUAAUCAGCAUUUAAUCAAACAAUUUUUUAUUUUAUCUGUGUUAUAUUUCAUCUGCAACAGCAAUGUGCUCUUUUAUAAACAACCAUUUGGUCGUUAACUUUUAAAUGCAUCAUUAUGCAGAAAAUACGAGCAGAGUUCUCAGCAUGAAAGUCCCACGACUGGCAGAUCAACAAGCUACUUCUUUUCUCUCCAAUACGGUAGGAAGUUAAAUUAAAUUAAAUGUGGCGAGUGUUAACUGUGAUAAGAUGACUGACAGGACAGUUUACAGUGACAGGAUGUGUGUAACUAUGCGACAGAGCGGUACGCUAAAGACGCAGUUGUGUGACGUGAUAGUAUGUCCCAAAGCUUGCCUACUCUUGUGUACUUUUUCUUCACCAAAAGAGUACAUACUUUAAGGGCGUAGUAUAAGUAGGCACAUUGGGACGCUGCAAUUCUUUAUAAAAGGGCCAUUGGUUCACUCGAUUAGUCCAAAUGCAGAUUCGUUCAGAAAUUGUGUCUUGCUUGGAGAUGCACCUCAGCUCUACUGUUGCUUUGUAGGUAAUAUUUGUGUUGGCAAAAUUGAGCAAAAACAGAUAUUGUGUCUAAGACAUAAUACACAGGGUGUCUACAGAUAUGAACAAGUUAGAUUUAAGACUUUUUAAGACCUUUUUAAUACCACCAUAUGUAAAAUUUAAGACCAAACCUGUGAAGGAAAUACACAUUAUAUUACAUACGUAAAUGUAAUAUUUAAUGUUUUUAAAUUUAAAAAGAAAACAAAAUAUCAUCGCUGUCAAAAAUGCUAUUUAUUAUUUCAAUAUACAGAGAACCUUUCAUAUCUGAAGACAAUAUCCCAUACAAAAUAUCUCUCAAAAGCUCCAUAUCAGCAAUAUUUUUGGUAAUGUAAAUGAAGCAAUAUUUUCAUCAGUUUUCUAUUCAGCAUUUACAUAUUUAAAUCUGCAUGUUUUUAAUAUUUACCCCAGGUUGUUAUUUACCUCCAUAAAGUCCAAUAUUCUUUAACCUUAUUAAAUGUAUGCGUCAUCUUUCAUGUCAAAUUCUUACAACUGAUGAGGAAAUUUAAUAUACACAACAGGGCUGUUAGCAAUCAAAUUAAAUAAUUUGCACUACAAAUUUACAACCGCAAUAAAUAAUGUUAUGAGAUUAAUGUUUUAAAUAAUUUUUUUUGAAUAUACAAAUAAGAAAUGUUGGUGGAAAAAUGCAUACUUUUAAACUAUCUAAACCACCAGUAGGUGGCGGUAAGUCACUUAUUCGUUCAACCGAUUCAUUCAAAACACUGAAUCCUUCAGGAACAAAAAUGCGAGUGCUGCUUGGAGAAUGUGCAAUACUUCUGAUCUUUGUUUGGAACUAUUUUCGCUGGUGAAAUAGAACAAAACAGUCAAUAUUCUGUCUAAAAUGUAAGUAACUACUUAACUGCUUGUUUCUUGAGCCAAAAUCAAUGUAACAUAUUUAGCAAAAUAGUCCCCUUGUCAUGGUAUGUUAUCAUCAUCAUGUUAUAAAUACACUAAACAUUUUGAAUAUAAUUUAGUAGUUGUAGUGUUGAGUUGUAGUUGUUGUGUAUAAUUUCUACAUCACCAGUGGUACCAAAUGCAUUUUGGAAUCUGUUUGUUUGAGUGGACAGACUGGGUCAGACUAAAUAAUUUACUCAACCAUUCAUGUGAGUCUGGGAUGGAACUAUAUGUUUAUCCAACUAAUCAUAGACAGGGAGAGUAUUUAAAAACACUCAAUUAAACUUUUGGUCCUGGUUGUGGUGCAGAAAUGACAAGCAAAAUAAUGUUAUUACACCUGGCUGUUUCUGCAUCUGAAGUCAAGCUGGGUUCCUUCUAUGAGGAUGAGUAUAUAUUUUUAAUGCAAACAGACUACAAAAACUCCAAUUAGCUGCUUUACACGCAAGGAAAUACAUUUUCUAACUCCCUGUGAACUGUUGCCAAUGUGGCAAGUUUGCAAUUAAAUACCAAAUGAACAAGUAGGUGUUAGUUGGGUUUUAAGCUUUGAGAAGAAAUAUUUUGGGAAACAUUCCUCCUGUCUUGCACAUUUCUGGAUGGACAUCAAUUAUUUCUCAUAGCAGAUUGCUAUUCUAUGUGUUUUAAUGGACGUUGGGGGCCUGCAAUCCCAUUUAAGCUUUAUAUUUAACUCUCUGGGGUCGGCUGUAUCGCCGGUGAUACCAACUCGUUUUUUUUAAGAUCAGUGCAAAAGACACUAAAAAUACUCUGUUGAUUUUGGUCAUACAAAUAAGUGUUAUACAUCAAUCGAAACUGUUAAGUGUCUACUUUUAUUUGUGUACACUCACAAUAACAACACAACUUGGUGCUUUUGGAAAAAUAAGAAAACAAACAGGGUGCGCUCUCUGUCUUCUCCAUCUCCGCGAACUGCUUUUAGAAACGCGUCACUAAAAUUAACUGAAACUCAGCAAAUACUCAGCACACAGACAUGGGAGUUAUGGUAGUCUUAUCGAAAACAAAUAUUCUGUGAUUAAGUAAUCCAUAUGAAACCAACAUGAUGUUCAGUCUUUCCGGUCUAACUCAUUAUCUCUAAUGCGAUCCUGCCCCCUCGCGGCUCGCGCCGUACAUAUGUAAGUAGCCACGUGGGACGUGCGCACGUGCAAACGCCCAACACAAACAAAGAGGAGGUCGUUCAUCGCGGUUCUUGUUCGUUUCUGGAAGAAGGCGCGCUCAGUAAAUGCAGGAUUUCCCUCAAAAGAAGAACACGAUUUCAUCCAGUAGAGGAGAUCAAUCUGAUGAAAGGAGCAAAAACACUUUGCAGAUUUGCAGCAUGUGGUGCUACGCAGAGAAAAGGGAGCAAUUUGGCCUGUCUCGAGCAAUCUUCUGAGAUUUACCAUCCAACAAUAGUCUGAUCUAUUCUCCACGGUGGUUGAGCAUGUGUGUGUGUGCACAUGCAUUUGUGCAUGUGUUUGUUUUUGUGUGAAAUGUUCAGUGGCUCACGUUUCAGUGACGACUUUCAAAAACCAUGUUAACACUUCUUUUUGGUCUCUUUCUUCUGCUGUCUCCUUUAAUCGCCCCUCCGCAAAUAUGAAAGGAAGAAACAACUUUUUCAGCAUUCAGCAAUUUGGCACAUACACAUGUGACUGUUUAACAAGCCAACACUGUCUCACAAAGCUUUGUGAACGCAGGGAAGGCGGCCACAUGAAGCCAGUUUAGUUAAAAGUUGGCCAUUUCCUCAACAGACCUAACCAGAAAUCUUAUAUAUACAUUUAUCAAGUCUACAUACUCAUCACAGCAUCUAUAAAAUAGUUUUCACUAGGUUUGUGAUUGGUUUUGGAAGAUUAUUUCAUUCUUUCAGAGCUACAUCAUGGUUGCACAGAAGUAAAAACUAAAGAUGGUGCCAUAUUUCCUUUAUUAUUUUGCUGCUAGGGCAUAUGGGAGCUCUGAGUAGGUCCACUCAGAAAGUAACUGGAUUUAAACCUCCUUUAGCUCGUGCCAUUUUAUCUCCACAUGGCCCUGAUCGCAAUUGGUCAGACUGUGGUUCAUCUCCAAAGCAAACAUAUUAGGUAACAUUGAAAAAUGUCCAAGUACGCUGCAGGUAUCGCUUUACCAAACAGAUAGAGAAAGAACCCAGAUAGCAACAGAGUGUGGGCGUGGCUUACAUUAGGCACUUCUGGCUUAAUUCUGGCUCUGUUUUUUUACAGUCUGGUGUGAAACAGCAUUUGGCUGAGCUCUGGCUGGAGUCUGGCUAACCAAAAGAACUAAAAGCAAAUUGUAUCUAUUUGGCUGAGCCGUGGCUGGAUUUUGGUUCCCCACAAAAAAGAAAAUAUUCGGCUGAGAUCUGGGUGGGUUUUGGUCAGCCGAAGAGUAAAUAAAGAUCUCUGGCAUGAAUGUGAUUUAGAGUAAAACAAACUUGUGUAAGAUGUGUACAUUUUUUUUACGAUAUUUAUUCAAAUAGCAGACUUUUGGAUAUUAUAAUUAAUUAAAGAAACGUUUAUGUGCUGAAACCUACUGAGAACCAAAACGUGAUUGUGGUUUUAUCAACAACAAAAACGCAGCUUCCCAGUACUGCUCUGUGCUUUUUGGCUAGGUUUAAAACAAAGAAAAGUGCACUUUUAGAUAAACAAGGCAACAUGUGCACGUGUCUUGUGGAGGUAGAAAAACAAAGUUCCUUAAGACUCGUGGGACUGCUUGUAAUAAAGAUUUAAAAGUAAAAGGCACAAGAGCCAACUGUUUCUGUCAGUGGUAAAUUUUAAAUUAAAAUUUUUGUGAUAGCCUAACGCAGGAAAAGUGGGUUAAAUUAUAUGCUGUAUGUGUUUCAACUUGCUUGAGCAACAUAAUAUACAAAUCUGCAUUCAAUAAGUUGUUUAUAUUCAUUGAUUUUAAACACGAAUAUGAAAGCUUGUGUAACCUUAUUGUAAUAAAAGAGGAUCACAAUGCUGAAAAAUCACUUUCAGUAUAGGCUAACAACGUUUAGAUUUGAAAUAAAAUAAUGGAUAAAUGUUGUGUUUGUGGUAAAUAGCCGCGGAUCAGGAGCGGACUGCAAACGCGUUCUGUGUGAAAACACGAGUCCGUGCUGCUUCUGCACGGCAAUGCGACGAUGUAGUUUGCAAUGCAUCUUGGAAAUAGUAGUUGAUUUACAUCUACGGCGUUAAAUCCGCUUCACAAAAAGGACUACUUUUCCCCAGAGCGCACCUUGAGACGAGAGGACACACACACCCCGCCUACCAGAGGACCUGGAAGUAGCGUAGCAGUCAGCCAGCCACUCACAUUUGCCAACACAGCCUGGCGGUGAAAUUCAAACUGCCGCUCGAACUUUUGCGAUCACGCUAUACCUUGGUUUGGUCUUUUGGAGCUUUAAUACAUCAAGGUAAAUUAAUUCUUCUUUUAAAAUCUCAACUAACAUGUAGGUUUCACCCAUUCCUCUACAGUGUGUUAUUUGAUUGGCUUUUUGUUUGUGUUUAACUCUUUUCUGUCAUUGGAUUUCAUUUGUUUUUAUGUAGGCCUACUACAGUUAUUCUCAGUCCCCAUUUAUAGUGCAUAACGUAAAACAUGUGGUCUUGCAGUGAGUGAAGAAAACAUGAAAAAGGGCUGUUAAAAGAGUCAAUAAGAUGUUUGAAUCUGAAGGAAAAGGAAUUAAUAGAAAUUUAAAAGUAUUGCAAAUGGAGAUUUUGUGCUAUGCUUUGACACAAUCUACACAAGUAUGACAAGUAACUGCUUUUCUGUAUUGGCCUUUAUAUUAUCUUUUUUUUUUUUUUUUAUAAGUUGUUUUUCACAUUUGUGUUUUGCUUGCAGAAAUCAUGUGCCACACAGUCAGCUUUGUUGACACUGAAGUCAGAAGUUGAGGUUGUGCCUGCAAUCUGGGUGAAGGAUGGUGUGUGUUUAUGGCCUCCAUACAAACAUUUAAAUCAGUUUUAUUGUUUAAGGUAGUUAUUCACCUCAUAAUAAUAGAAUUUAAACUUUUUCUCUAAGCUUAAGCCUAGUCCCAGACACCAAGUGUUGGAGGCAACCCCUGGAGUCUUUGUCUGCAUAUAAAGUUAAAAUUAUAUAUACUGCAAGUAUGUAUACACCCUUUCUGUAUACAGUAUGGUUAUUUUAAAAGGCUAAAUGGUAGAAAACUUUUCAGAUUGUUCUGAUUUUUGCAUUCUAUCUUUCAUAGAUAAUUACAGUGAAGCAUGCUGAAAGCUCUCGCAGAACAGACCGAUCUCCAGUCAGAGGCUGUGCCUGGCUCCCUGGUGCCACCAAAACGCAAAAUAAAGUAAGAUUGUGUGUAUUAUGUAGUUCCUUGACACAGACCUGUCCUUGUAUCAUUGUGCAAUUUAACAAAUUGACAUGCACAUUUCUUUUUUAACUGCAAAAAAAUUAAUAAUUCGCUGAAAAGUAUAUUCACAUGAACACAGCACCCUCGCUUUAUAAAUUUAGUAAUCAUUAAAUUUCUUGCCUUAUCUAAAGAUGAAACAAGCGCCUACUGGAUGAAUGAAGAGAUACUGACGAGGAGGCCACCACACAACUAAUAAAUUGUUGUGGAACAGCAGAGGAACAUUAUAAAGAUGGUGCAAGAUCUCAAAGCAAACAAUGUUCUUUACAUCACAGAAUCUAACCAUUUAAGUCCAAAAUGGCUUCCAAUUAAAGGAAAUUAAUUUCUUUAAUUUCCCUGGAAAGUGAUCUUCAAUCCUGUCUAUAAAGAUAAAAAGUGGUAGGUAACGGUCUCAGUUAUGCAUAGUUGCCUACUGUUAUCACUCUGGUCUGGCUGUAAUUACUGUUAUAAGUAAAUGGUGUGUGUGUGAUCAAUCUUAGUGUUUUAGCUUAAUAGUGACAGCAUGCUUAAAAAAAAUAUUUCAGGUACUUGAAUUUGGAUUGCUGGGUGGAAUGGAUGUGAAGGACACGGUCUGGAAAAUUAUGAGGCAGGCAAUCAAAAAUGACUUGGCCAAAGCGGUGAACUGGAGAGGUGUAAAUGGGAAAACACCAAACCAAAGUUUGGAGCAUAAAAACAUUGUGAUUGGAGCAGUACAACAAUUUGCCUACCCAUACCUCCAACGAAGAAUUUCUCACUGGAGCUAACUCUCUCUCCCCCACCUCUUUCUCUCUCUCUUUCUGAGCGCAACGUUUAUAUAGACCACAGAGCUCCUCUAUCAGGCUCAGUUCCCUUUCAGCUGCAGUUCACCAAACAAGCAGGAGUCCAGCCAACCAACUGCUCAGCAUCUAACAAGGAAGACCACCAGAGAAAAAAAGAGACAAUUAUACACAAACACUGAGCCUUGUUCAUACUCACACAUGGCCAGCAUGUCCAAGUGGACAUUCCUCCAGGCCAUGUGUCUGGUGGUUUCAUUGUCCACGGCAGUACCUGAAAAUUAUGAGGAUGAUAUCGAUGUGAACUUUGGACCCAAUUAUUUGAACGAGAUAACUGAGGAGGACCAGAUGGAAGGGGAGACCCCCACACCUUCCCCUGAACCCUGCAAAGGUCCAGUCUUCACUAAGUGGGAUAAGCUCUUCACAAUGCUGGAAAAUUCCCAAAUGAAAGAGAACAUGCUCCUGCAGUAUGCCGAUGAUAUCAUCAAGGUGGAGCUGCAGAGUCUGAGAGAAGAGAUGUUACAGUUUGUGGCACAGUACGGCGGCUCUUGUGCAUCUGCGGUUGAGAGCUCGGUUCGACGGGCUGGUAUUCAAACAGAGACGCACCUGCAGAACGCUCUAGACCGUGCGCGAGAGGUCUCAGCUGAUCAGUCCUCGCAGCAUGAUGCAGCCCUGCAGCAGCUACUGGCUGCUAGCGUAAACCAGGCUGCACGGCUGGAGCGACUGGAGAACGGCUGCUUGAAAUGGGGGGGAGGAGGUCUGGCCUCCCAAGCCAAGAGCUUCCAAGCCCGACAUCUCAUGCAAGAAGUGACUGAGACAGAGAAUGGAGGUAGGCUGGAGAAGACUCUGGCAACCAUCUCCAGUGAGCUGCAAACCAUCCGGGAACAGCUGACCCUUUACACCAAAUCAGUCUUUGCAAACAGCCUUCCAUCAGGCUGUGACACUGGGCUGCUCUUCCCCACACGUUCAUCUACAGCUCAUGUUGAAGUCUCACUCAAGACACCCUUUCAGACCAAUGCCGUCACCAUUUGCCUGUGGGUGAAACCAACUCAGGUGCUCAACAAGACCACCCUCUUCUCAUACAGUACAACUGGCAAUGCCUACGAACUCCAGCUGGUGUUGAAUGGACAGAGUGUCUUCUUUACCGUCGAUGGUGAAACCCAUUUGGUGCAAGCUUCAGGGGCAGCUCAAGAGGGUCAGUGGGUGCACAUUUGUGCAGUCUGGAGUUCACAGCAGGGCUUGGCUUCACUGUGGGUGAAUGGUCAACAAGCUGCAAGCUCUCCUGGAGUGGCUGAAGGUCAUGAGUUACGCAGCAAAGGAAGCAUACUACUGGGGCAAGAGUAUGGACGUUACUUCAGGCAUCUCAGUACCCCAGACACAUUUGAUGCGGAGCUGGCCUUCACAGGGAAGAUGACUGGAGUGAACAUGUGGGACCGCAUUUUGAAUUCAAAAGAGAUAUCUCAGCAAGCAUGGCUCUAUGGGAGUGGUUGUGGUAUCCGUGGUAAUGUUGUGGCAUGGGGCGUUUCUGACAUUGAGCCAAAAGGGGGUGUCAAGUUAAUAUACUAAAUUUCUCUACUGUCUUAACCACCUGAGCCUUGUAUACAAAUCAGCUGAGCUCCUACAAGCACAUAUUAAGAACCUGCUUUGCUACACCUGCACAAAACCAUAAUUUUCCUCUCCUUAAAUGUGCAAAAAAUGCUCUCUCAUAGGGAAAAUGUGAUUUAGCAAGUUACAAUAGUUAAACUGCUGCCAUUGGAGGGACAUUAUAUCAUGUAUCUUUUUUUUAUUAUUACAAACUGUUCUGUUUUCAAGAAUGUUUAAUACAAAAUGGAGGGAUUUUAAAAAAUAAAUAUAUAUAUUAUGUAUCGUCAAACUAUUUAUCUUGAUUGGUAAUGUUUACAUUCAGAUUUGACUUAAUUUUUAAUCUAUUUGUAAUGUAAUACUUCAGUCCAUUGUUAUGUUUAUGCUUUUUUUUUUUUCAAACAAUAGGCUCUGUUACAUAUCUUGUGAUGGCCAUUUUAAAAUAUUUUGUUCUGCUAAUGAAUAACAUUUUUGUCUUUGGUUUGUAUUUUUACCACAAGAUGGAUGCUAUGUUUUGAUGACGGAACUGUGGAAAAUGUUUACAAAUUAUGACUUUAUUUUUAUGUUUCCGCUGAUGUGAUUAAAUGUAUUAUAAUGUUUUUUUGUUAAGAGGCUAAGAUGAAUGUAUAAUGUACAUAGAUAUUUUUCUGAGGGUUGGGGAAAACAAACCAUAAUAAAAAUGUAAAACUGAAAAUAACAAAAACAUUGUCAUUCAGGAUCUGUUGAAUGAAAAAAGAUCAAGAGGUGAGUGUUUUAGUUAAUAGCACAUAACAGUUAAUUGUGAUAUAUAUACGUUAUUUAGUGAUUCAAUCACUGAUCUAUAAUAGAGAACAUUAUAUAUGUGACCCUGGACCACAAAACCAGUCAUAAGUGUCAAUUUUUUCGAAAUUGAGAUUUAUACAUCAUCUGAAAGCUGAAUAAAUAAGCUUUCCAUUGAUGUAUGGUUUGUUAGGAUAGGACGAUAUUUGGCCGAGAUACAACUAUUCGAAAAUCUGGAAUCUGAGGGUGCAAAAAAAUCUAUACACUGAGAAAAUCACCUUUAAAGUUGUCUAAAUUAAGUUCUUAGCUAUGCAUAUUACUGAUCAAAAAUGUUUUGAUAUAUUUAUGGUAGGAAAUUCACUAAAUAUCUUCAUGGAACAUGAUCUUUACUUAAUAUCCUAAUGAUUUUUGGCAUAAAAUAAAAAUAGAUAAUUUUGACCCAUACAAUGUAUUUUUGGCUAUUGUUACAAAUAUACCCCAGCGACUUAAGACUGGUUUUGUGGUCCAGGGUCACAUAUAGAUCAGUGGAUUCAAUACAUUAUGAUGGAUAAUUAUUUCAUAACCAACAGCUAAAUCAUUCUUAAAUUAAAACUAUGCAAAGGUUUAGACUAAGUGUAGCCUUUUCCCAAAUUAUAUAAAAAGUUUACUUGUGACAGCUAUCCCAUAUUUGUAAAGUCAGCGAGGCUACCGGUUACUCCAUUCCCAACCCCUUUGCAGCCGCUAUGAAAGUGAGGACUCCGAUAACAACCACAACAGUUUAAAGGUAUGGUUACAUUUACUGUUGUUACACAAUGAAUUCAAGUUAGUCAUGCAGAUUAACCAAAAAAAAGUUGCUUCGUUUGAAAGUGACUUUUGAAACAGGAUUAGUGAAUCUCGAGUAUCAGUUUUAAUAUAUCUUGGUUUGCCUCUCGCUCGCUCUCUCUCUCUCUUUUAAUAGAAAAGACUUACAGAGUCAUAUAAAAAAUGAUCUUUUAGUUAAUGUCAACAUUAAACAACAUUCAAAACCCUG